AUGUAAUUAUUUCUCAUAUCCAUAGAAUAGGCAUACACUAAAUUCAUAAAUAAAAAUAAUUGGGAAGAGGCUCUUGCAUCCGAUUAUGAUUAGGCUGAAAAAUUGGAAGCCUUUUUUCUGAGAUAUCAUAGAGGACCCUAAGAAUUGAAAAUGGCUAUAGAUAAUGUAACUCUCAAAUAUUUUCCCACUCUAUUAUAAUGUUGCCUUGAAAGUUUGGUAUUCUUAUCAAAACCGAACAAAAAAAAAUAUAGUGGUUAUAUAGAUCAAAUUUUGGGGUCAACUCACUUUUAUAAUUUAUUCUCUAAAGAGCUUCAAAUUAUGAACGCAAAGCUUGGUUGGGGGGAUGAUGAUGUAACAAGAUACCAAAAGUUUAUUAAUUAUUUCUUAAAGGUUGUCCACAAUUCAUUAGAAUUAUAAUUGUAAUAGCUCCCAAAAUAUGUAAAUCUCUUAAGAGAAACAGUUUCUAACUUAGAGAAAAGAAACUCAAAAUUCACUCAAGUGCUCAGGGAUAUUAAAGAUUUAUAUGAUAAACUAACAAAUCCUCAACCAUCAUCUAUUUAUUAACCAAAGCCCUAAAAUGUUGUCAAUUAAGGAACGAAUUAACAAUAAACCCAGGAACCUUAGUAUCGACCUAGAAACUUUUAGGUGGAAUUUCUAAAAGAUAACCGCCAAAACAAUGUAAAUUUACCUCAAAGCCAGAGUUAUUAAAAUAAUCUACCUUAAAUAUAAUAAUAACAAUUUGUUUAAAUCCAACCGACAUCAAAUAAUACAUAAUCAAAUAUAUAUUAACCAAGACUAAAUUAAGCCAACAAUAUUUAAACCUAUUAAUAAAAUAAUAUCUAAAACUCUAAGAUUGAUAAUAAUAAUUUGUAAGGAUUUCAAACCUUACAAUUUGAUUCAUAAUCUUAAAUACCGUAGAAUCAUCGUCCGCCUUUAUAAACAAACACAUAAUAACAAUAUCAACAUAAUCAAUAAACACCUCAAUAAUCAUAAAUAUAGCAAAAUUCAUUUGUUCCUUACUAAUCAUUUCAAAACUAAUAAAUAUAAUAAAAUCAAUAUCCGCCACCAUAAUAAUAAAUUCAGCAGAAUCAAACUACGUCUCAAUAAUUAGAUUCAUACUAUUAAAAAUAGCAAAAUCAACCCGAGUACUAUUAACCAAAAUAAUAGAAGUAACAAGAAGAGCAAUGGGUAGAAAAGCCUCAAGUUUAACAGUUCAGAAGAAGCGAUAUCCCAAGAUAAUAAGAUAACUAAAACAAAUAUUAGUAAUAAUAUAGAGAAGAUAAUGGUUCACAGUACGAAGUUAAAAAAAAUAGUGGUCCACAAUAUGAAGUUAAAUAAUAUGAUGUUCCACAGUAUGAAGUUAAAAAGUCUAAUGCACCGGAAUACGAAGCUAAAUAAUAUAAUACACAGUAUGAAGCUAAAUAAAAUAAUGAUCCGCAGUAUGAAGCUAAAUAAUAUAAUGCACAAUAAUAUAAUACACAACAGUAUGAUGAGAAACAAUAUAAUUCAUCAUAGUGUGAAGUUAAAUAAUCCAAUGCAUCUCUAUAUGAAGCCAAACAAUAUAAUGAACAAAAAUAUGAAGGCAAACAAUAUAAUACACGACAGUAUAAUGAUAAAUAAGAUAAUGCACCGGAGUAUGAAGUUAAAAAGCCUACAAAAUUUUCAAGAAAUUAUGAAAAUUCACAAUAGGAAUAUAGAAGUAGUAAUUAAGGAUAUCAAAAUAAACCUAUUAAUAUUGAAAAUUAUAAACCUAAUAUCGAAUAUUAUAACCAGAUGAAGAAUUUUUAUUAAUAGAAUUAAUCUAGUUAUGAAUAAAACAGACAAAAAUAAACAGAAUAAGCUUAUGUAAGUUACAAGGAUUGCUCUAUAGAACCUAUGGUUAAAGAAUUUGAAACUGUUCCUAAUAAAGAUUUUGUAUAUGGUGGGUGUAUUUUUGAGAUUCCAAUUGGAUAGCCAUUCAAAAGUAGAGAGUUGUUUUUGAAUAAUCACUUUUUUAUUCUAAGAGAGGAUUACUUAAAGAGUUUUAGAAAUGUAGUUGCUAGAUUAAAAUAAAAUCAUUUUGAGGAAUUAAGUUACGAGGUAUUGUAAAAUGCAUUUUUAUAUUACAAUGUUCUUAUUGAAAAUAUUACUGUCACUAAUAGAGGACUUCAAUUUGCUGUUACCAUGAAUGCAUAUGACGCAAGGAAUAAUAGUAUAAAUUGGGUAAAAACAACAAGACUUAUGCCAGGUUCCUUACUCUUAUUAUCAACCAUAAAACUUGAAUUUAUGUUAUUCGGAACUGUAGUAGAAAAGCCCAAGGCAGAUAGAAAUGGUAGAGUUGCUAUUCUUCUUAUAUUGAUUGGUCUUUCCAUUAAAGAAUAAUUAAAAUUUGUGAAUAGUUUAUUAAGUCAAGAACAAAAUUUGGUAGCUAUAGAGAACAAAACAUAUUUUGAAACAUAUACCCACUUUUUGAGUUGUUUGUAAAUGAUUGAGCCAAGUAGAUUUCCCUUCGCUGAACAAAUAGUGUUUGGUUCAAAAGUUAUGCCUAGGCCAGGAUAUUUAGAUAAUCAGCAAGUGAGAAAUGAAGGUAUUGUUUAUGAUAUUGAUCUCAAAUUUGACUUGCAUCAAUAAAAGCGAAUUGGAUAAAAGGAAAGAAUAAAUAUAAUGAGAGAAUGGCCUAAUGUUAAUACUGAGAGUUUGGAUGAAUCUUAAUUGUAAGCUAUAAAGUCAAUAUUGAAAAAUGGUAUCUCAUUGAUUUAGGGGCCUCCAGGUACAGGGAAAACAUUCUGUGGAGCCUUGGGUGUCAGAAUAUUAUUAGAGAAUCAGUAUAAGUGGAAUUAAAACUAUCAGUAUCAAAAUAAACCAAUUUUGAUUGUGUGUUAAACAAAUCAUGCUUUAGAUUAGUUCUUGUCACACAUGCUAACUUUUUGCAGAAUGGAGGAUAUUGUUAGAAUAGGAGGUCGAUGUAAGGUGAAGGAAUUUGAACCAAUGCUUUUGACAAGUAACUAGCAAUUAAGAAAAAUUCAUUUUAAUUGGCCUGAUUUUUUAGAUUUAAGAGAGGAUUUGGAUAUAAAGCUGAGAAAUUUAUUAAAUUUGACAGAUAAUGUGAAUUAUAAAGAUGUUGAAUAAUAUAUGCCUGAAUUGCUUGAGAGAGUAAUUUUCCAAUACUUAGAAAUUGAGGAUCUUAAUUUCCAUAACCCUCUAUCAUCAGUUUCUCGAAAAUAAAUUAUGCAUAUGUGGUUGGAUAAUUUUAAACCUCAAAUAGAAUAGGCUAAUAAAAUUAUUGAUAUUGAAGAGGCAAAUUCCAAUUACUUAUUAUAAAGGUAAGUUAAUAGAAAAAAAUUUAAGCCAAUUCUUGUUUACAAAUUUAGCGAUUUGGAUCACCAAUUUCGAUUAACUGAUGAGGCUUAAUAAUAAUUAGAUGAUGAUUUAGAUGAAGAGUUUUUAGAUGAAAAUUAAAAUAUUGAUUCUGAUGAAGAGGAAAAUAGAAAGAUCUUCACUACUUCAGAAAAAUCAGGGAAGGAGGAAUUUGUAAGAAAACUUAUUGAAGAUUCAAGAACAAUGAAGAGAUUGUUAAAUCGAUUAGGCUAGGAGAAUGAAGUUAGCUUUAAUGUUAUUUUGAAUGAAAUCAAUCAAAAAUAGAAUUAUUAAAUAUGGGAAAUGCCAUAAGCCAAAAGGAAUGUGAUCACAAGAUACAUAUUUAGUCAGAAAUUUUAGCAUUUAUUCCAACUUUUGUAAAGAGAAGUUGACUAAUAUGAAAUUUAUGUAAAAUAACUAAAAUAAGCGUAUAUUGACAGGGAUAUGAAAUACAUACAAACUAAGAGAAUAGUGGGAGCAACUUUGUCAGGAUGUGCAAAAUAUGCAGAAAAAUUAUCAAAUUUAAAGUUUAAUAUUCUGGUUGUUGAAGAGGCAGGAGAAGUAUUGGAAUCUAAUUUAAUCGCUGUAUUGUCAUAACAAAUAAAUCAUUUAAUUUUAAUUGGUGAUCAUUAGUAAUUGAAGCCACACCUGGAAUGCUAUGAUUUGGAAGUGAAAUUUAGAGCAAAUAUUUCAUUAUUUGAAAGACUAAUAAAAAAUGGAUUAGAAUAUGCCACCUUAAGAUAUUAGAGGAGAAUGAAAUCUAAAUUUGCUGACUUUAUUCGUUUAAUCUACAAAGAUUAUAAGGAUCACAGCUCAAUAGAAGAAUAAAACAAAAUACAUUUGGAAGGAUUUAACUCUGAUUUGCUCUUUUUUGAUCAUAGAAAAAGUGAAGAUAAAAAAUUAUACUCAAGUUCUAAAUAAAAUUAAUUUGAAGCUAGGAUGAUUGUAAAAAUGGUUGAUUAUUUAUUGAAAAAUGGUCAUACAAAUUAAUAAAUAACUAUCCUAACAACUUAUGUGAGAUAGGCACUAUAUAUACAAAAAGAAUGUGGAAAUAGAAAUAUUAAAGUUUAGGCAAUCGACAAUUAUUAAGGAGAAGAAAAUGAUAUAAUAUUGUUAUCAUUGGUUAGAUCAAAUGAUGAAUACAAAUUGGGUUUUGUUGCAAUAGAUAAUCGUGUCUGUGUAGCAUUAUCUCGAGCAAGAUUGGGAUUGUAUGUAUUUGGCGAUUUCGAUUUUAUUAAAGUAACCCCAGAUGUUACAGGCUUGUGGUUAAAAAUAAUAGACUUAGCAGAGCAAAAAGGAGUAAUUAAGAAUCACAUUGAGUUGAAAUGUUCGUCCCAUAAUUAAAUAACAAAAAUAUAUGAUGUAAAAGAUUGGGAUCAAGUGAAAGGAGGUGGCUGUUAAAAUACAUGUGGGGCUGAAUUCCCUUGUGGCCAUAUUUGUCAAUUAAGAUGCCACAAAUCUAACCAUCUUCAAAAUGAUUGCCCAGAAAACUGUGAAAAGAUAUUAACAUGUGGUCAUUAAUGUUAUGGAAGGUGUAAGUAGUAUCCUUGCCCUCCUUGCAGGACAAUGGUUUAAAAAUAGAUUUAAGAAUGUGGUCACACUACCUCAAUAUAAUGUUCUGACCAACAUAAAAAGACUAAAUGCCGAGAAAGGUGUGAAAAGAUUUUAAAUUGCGGCCAUUAAUGUGCUCUUUAAUGCAUCGAUGAUUGCAAAAUGAACAAAUGUUUAAUAUAAAUUUAAUACACUUUGCCAUUAUGCAAACAUGUAAUGUCUAUUGGAUGUGAUGAUCAAAAUUACCUAAAUAAGUUGAUAUGUCAAUAGCCCUGCCAAAGCUAAUCGAUAUGUGGACAUUAAUGUUGUGGAAGUUGUGGGGUAUGUUUUGAAAAAUUCCAUUACCCAUGUUAAAAUGUUUGUGAAAAGAUAUUAUUAUGUGGUCAUAAAUGCAAACAACUGUGUUCUGUUGAGUGUUAUAAGUGUGAAGAUAAAUGUGAGAUAGAAUGUAAUUGUAACACUUAAUGUAAAAAGAAAUGCAAUGAAAAGUGUAAUCCAUGCCAAAAUAAUUGCAAGUUGAGUUGCCAACACACCAAUUGCACAAAAAAAUGCUAUGAAAUAUGUGAUAGGAAGCCUUGCAAUUAAAAAUGUGAUAAGAAGCUAAAAUGUGGUUGUGAUUGUAUGGGAUUUUGUGGAGAGGUUUGCCCUGAGAUUUGUUAGAUCUAAGAUCAUAAAAACUAAUUUGCUGAUAAGGACACAAUUUAUUAUUAAUUGGAGUGUAAAUGCAAUUUUAUAAGUGAGGCGGAAUUCCUAGACUAAUAUUUUGAUAGUUAACAAUCAAAUUUUAUUCACUGUCCAAAAUGCAAUUAGAUUAUUUGGAGAAGUAGAAGAUAUUAAAGUCAGGUCAAAAACUCAUUAAUUUAGUUUAAUAUUGAAAAAGAGAAGGCAUUACUUAAAUAAUAAAUUACUAAUGAUAAAAUCAAAUCAGCCAUUAAACUGACUGAAGAAAAACUAGAGUUAAUAUAAAAAAACAAAAUAAAGGAUAAUGAUAGCUUUUUGGAUAAAAUCUUACAGGGUUUAAAAUAUGAAAUGCAAUAAUAUAAUGCAUGGAAACCUCAAAAGAUGUCAUAUCACUAUUUCAAGUGUGUCAAAAGACAAUUAAAAUAUUAUGAAACCACUCUGGAAUUAAUUGGAUGUUUAAAUGAUAAUCAACUAUUCAAUAUCCAUAAAAACAAUUUGAUUCACCAAUAUUUACUGAAUGAAGAUUUUAGAAGUUCCUAUUCAAAAAGCUUUUGGUGGAAAGUCGCAUAUAAAAUGGAGAACCUGUUAUUAUAUUAAAAAAUCAUUGCUCAAUAUUAAAAGACUAAAGACAUAGAAUUCCAAAAUAUUUCUUAUGCAAUUGAAGAUUCAAAUUUCUAUUUAGAUGAUGGAAAAAAACAAUCAUUUGAGAAGAUCUUAAAUGAAUCAAUCGCUGGUUAAUAAUGA